UUGGAAGGCCAAGACGGCGGGACGCGUGCAAUCCGGCCGUUAGUUCGUCGCCGUGCCAAUCCGCGUUUGAACUCCUCCGCAAACCUCGCGCCAGAGGCGUAAGAGGCACGAGGCGGUGCAAUUUCGCAAAAGGGCCAGAAACAGGUCUCACGCUGGAACCAGCUUUUUGCAAGCCAUAGCGCAUCUCCCCAAGCCUUGACAUCAUAAGAAGGCAUUGCCAAUUGCAGUUAGAACGGAGAUCACAUCACCUGAGGAAGCGGGAUCGUCGUUUAAACACAAGGCUGCAUCCUCAGCCCCCUUCAUCUGUUGUUUGUCCUUGCUGCGCCCAAAACCAACCUCCACACCCGUUUCUAUUUUUCGUGAAGGAUUUGCCAUUGCACAGCUGCAGAACGCACAUUCGCUCACUACCAGCAUCAACGUAAACAAGAAACUCUAAGCUCUCCAAAACCACCGGCAUCAUGCAGUUGAAGAAGCUCCUCAUCUUGGCUCCAAUCGUCCUCGUCGCUGCUCAGGAGGACGACAACAUUGGCGACGAUAUCGCUGGUGCCGUCACUUCGAUUGCUGGCGACAUCACUGAGGCCGGCGCCUCGAUCGCGACCAACAUCGCUACCAACGCCCAGAGCAUCUUCUCUGAGGCCACUGAUGGCGCAGAUGAUGCUCUCGAAACCAUCACCUCUGCACUUGACGGCGCUAUCGACACCGCCACUUCCGUUCUUGCUGGCGUGGUCACCACAAUUACCUCCGAUGGCCAGGAGAUUCUGAGCACGAUUACUUCUGCUGCCGGCGACGGAGCUAAUGCUGCCAGCUCCGUCAUCGACAGCGCGAUAUCAGGCGCUUCUAGCGUCGUCAACAGUGCGAUUUCUGAGGCAUCCGGCGCUGUCAACAGCGCCACUUCGGAGGCUGGUGCCUAUGAGACCAACGCGCCAAAGGUCGCUGCUGGUCUGUUGGCUAUGGGUCUGGGUGCUGUUGCUAUGUUGUAAGCCGCCUAGUUGCGGACAGCAGAUCGGAAGCUCGGGAGCAUGCACAUUCUGUGGUCUAUCGGCGCGACCUUGAUUUCGAGACAGCGCUUUGGGAAGGUCCAGAAAUGCGGAGUCAUUGAGCAAUUGAUGUGGCACAGUGCGCCACCAGUCAUGAUUGAUGUCACGAUACAGUGUGUAAUCUAAAUAAUUCACCCAUGAUACUCGUCUCUCCCAGC